CAACUUUUUCUCCAGAUCGAGAGAGUCCCUUUCGGAAAGGGCAAAGUCCCUCUUCUAGGCGCCAUACCCUAAUUGGCAAACAUGGAGCCAUAUCUUUCUCAUGCGCAGUACUAUGACGAAGACGAAGAUCUUCCCGUAUGGAUUGGUCAAGCGCGCACAUUCGUCGACCUAAGACACAGAGAAGCGCAGUACUUCAACGAUAUCCUGGACCAUAAUCUCCCUGAUCGAAUCAACCGUUGGGAUUGCGACGAGGAAAAUGGCUGGACCUUUGAGUUCGACGACUUGGUUCUUGAGGUGCUAAACAAUAUUUCAGGUCCUAUGGAAGUGAAGGCAACAUCUUGGUCGAUGCCACGAACAUAUAUUGAUCCGCUACGGCGAAGCCUUCGACAUCUGUUGUCUGCGCAACUGGACAACCUUUAUGGAGUAACGGAUUUUGCAGUACUAUUACUCCGACUUGUUGAGGAAGCCAACAUAGCACUUCGAGAAUGGAAAGGAGCGUCGUCUGGGAAAGCCGUGGACAUUGGCUGGGACUUGACGGCAAUCAAUAGUGGGGACAUCAGAAAUCUGAUAACGAGCAACGCCCAAGGAGCAAACCUGGAUACAAUCGAAACUACUGCAGAUGAUCUGCUUGGAACGUCCAUCAAGAAAAUCUGUGAGAGAUUGCCAGAACAGUAUCGUAUUCUCCAUGUGGAACCAGUAUUCCGUACCGAUCUAGUCACUCGUUUUAAGCGACGGCAAUAUGAGAUCUACGAAGAUCUCUUGAAGCGUCCAUACAACCGGCUUCGUCAGUGUGUCAGUUCUAAAGCCAUUGCAAGAGGAAGCUCUCUCGACAAGAAGAAACAUCUAGCUGAAGAACUGUCUAGACCAAGGGUUACCUUUCAUGGAAUUCAGCGUCACAACGUUUCAUCAAUCGUUCGAUACGGAUUUGUGAAGCCAGGCGACAAAGCAGGAGACACACAGAUAGAUGUUGCUUGUGGAGCAUCGUUUGGUAUCGGAGUCUAUACCUCCCCUAGUGCCGAGUAUGCUUUGAUGUACGCAGGUGGUUCCGACUCUGGGUUUGGCCAUAAGACUUCCUGCAAUGAUCUGCCUGGAUUACGGUUGAUUGUUUGCGCUGUUCUCAUGGGCCUUCCAGUAGCAGUCACCAGAGAAGAAACUUGGCGAACGACUGAGAUCUCCACUGAGAUUGCGCAUUCUCAUGUUUCUCCGAAUGAGCAGGAGUAUGUCGUAUUCAAUGCCGCACAGGUCAUUCCUUGCUAUGUCAUCCAUUUCGAUUUUGGUGUGGAGUUCGCAAAGGCAGAACUGGCAAAGGUUCCAGUUGAUCCUAAUAGAUGGUCUCGGCAAUGGCGCCAGACAAAAAGUGCUUCUGAUAGACUUUUGAAAUCGACUUACGUUGCACCUGCUGAGGUUGCGGCUGCGAAGCAAGCACGAAAGGCUGCUGCUGCUAAAUGGUUUCCUUACGGCUUUGGCCCAGCUACGGGCACGUCAUUUGUCAUCGAGGAGAUUGGAGAGAUCUCAGAUGAUGAAGAAGAUUACGGUGACUACCAAGGCAUGAGAAUUGAGGUUGAAGACGAGGUUUCCGUGUGGGAAGAGACGGUGACUGGCGGUAGUUCGUGGUUCGAUGAGUACCAGACAUCAAGAACUACAUAUCGGAAGACCUGA